AAAAAAAAUAGGGGGCCAAGGAGUCGAAGUGAAACCCGCCUCCCGUCGGCUCACCUGAGCGCUGUGUUUUUUUUUUUUUUUUGUCGACCAAGUGAAGCUGGAGCUCUGCUUUGACACGUAGCGCGAGCGCGUGCUGGGGGAGAAAGAGGACCCGCACAUGGCCAUUGGCCCAAAUCACGAGAAUUGAGAAAGGACGACGAAAAAGUAAGGAAAAGAAGAAAAGAUAAGCAAAGACAGUUUUCAACUGUUUUUAUGUGGUUGAAUUGAGCGGAUGCUUGGUAUGACGUUGGCGUGCUGAAGAGAGGUAGACGAGAUCAGAACAAAGGGAAGGGAAAAAAAAGAACACCAAGAAAAGUGACGUACCAGCCCAAACCACACGCGAGCCAGCCUCACGACCACAACCCUCAUCAGUCGCCACGCAGCCGUUGCCAGCGAUGGAGGCCAAUAGCACCAUCGGCCCCGGCAUCAUCUGGCACCAGGACCCAGCAACCGUCUCGAUCCUGGUGCUCACCGUCAUCGCCUUCCUGGUGCCCAUGAUCUACGUGUACCCACCCUUCCCGCCCCGCGAGAGCGACGCCCUCUUCGAGACGCACUACAAGGUCGGCCUGCACCCGUCGCCGGCCAAGCCGGGCCUGGCCGGCGCCCAACAACAGGACCCCCAACAGCAACAACAGCAGCAGCAGGCCCGGCCCGGCGUCCCCGGCCGCAUCCAGAGCCUCUGGAUUUACCCGCUCAAGUCGUGCCGCGGCAUCGAGCUCGACAAGUCGCGCGUCGUGCCGGCGGGCCUCGAGUUCGACCGCCUCUACACGCUCGCGCAGCUGCGCAGCCCCUUCCCCGUAGCCCUCGACGCGCCCGAGGCCGACAGGGCCGCGCACAGCUGGCACUUUGUCACGCAGCGCCAGUUCCCGCGCCUGGCCACGGUCGAGGUCGAGCUGUGGCGGCCCGACCUGGUCAAGUGCCAGCGCCGCGGCUUCGCGUCCGGCGACGCCUUCCUCAUCGUCCGCUUCCCCUGGCGCGAGGCCGGCUGGAGGGGCGCCCUGGCCUGGGUCGCCGCAAAGGCCCUGCGCGGCCGCGACGGCCGCCCGGAGAGGGAGGUCAUGCUGCCCGUCGAUUUCCCGUCCGCGGCCGAAAUCGAGGCCAAGGGUUACAAGUACGAGCAAGUCAAGAUCUGGAACGACACCGUCACCGCCCUCAACAUGGAGUCAGAGCUGCCCGAGGAGCUGCAGCUGUAUCUUGGCGUCAGCAACAAGCUCGGCCUCUUCAGGAUAGACCCGAGCCACCUGCGUGAGGUCUACCGCGGCGCCCCGGACCGGGAGACCGCCGGAUACCAGCCCGUCACGGGCUUCCAGGACGCUUUCCCUCUGCACCUCCUCAGCCUGAGCAGCGUUCAGGACCUAGAGGACAAGCUGGAAAAGGACGAGAACCUGUCCCGGUUGGACGCGCGCCGGUUCCGCGCCAACAUCAUAAUCAACGGCACCCCGGCGUACGAGGAGGAGAAGUGGAAGGCCAUCCGGUUCCUGCCCGAGCCCGACACGCCGCUGGACCCGGUCGACUUCCACGUGUCGUGCCGCACCGUCCGGUGCAAGCUGCCCAACGUGGACCAGGACCUGGGCGUCAGGCACGCCGUCGAGCCCGACAAGUCCCUCCGCCGCCACAGGAACGUCGACGAGGGCGCGCCCCUCAGCGGCUGCUUGGGGAUGCAGAUGACGCCCACCUUCAAGAAGGCCGGCGGCCGCGUCCUCGAGAUGGAGAGCACCGUGGCCAUCGGCAUGUCGGUCAAGGUCUUGGAGACGGGGCCUCACAGAUACGUCAAGCAGUAAGAAUAGGGUGUCUCGCGGAAUAGCGGCGCAGGAUAGCUUCGAGCGGAACCAGAGGGGCUGAGAGGCUUGGAAAUGUGUGGGCAGAAACAAUCCCCGUCAAGGCCGGAGUGCCGUAAGCAAGGGACACACCAACAAAUGGUAUAGAACAGCCAAGGCAAAUGGAGAUUACUCAUGUAGGCUGAAUCUCGUCCCAAAAUCUCGUCGUCUAUAGAUACCGUUUCCUCGUCACAUCAUUGCCCGUACGUGCCAGCCGACCAGCCCCAGCU